AUGUCCAGGGAUCUUCCGCCACGAUCCAAAGAGAAAUCUACUUUUGCCACGCAGACCGAUGUCCAACGCGAAAUUAAACAAGAGCUGCCAGAUAACGACUUACGCAAUGGACAUCGCAAGGGCAUUGAGGAGCGAAUCGAUCAUCAGGGCGCUGUAGAUGUUCAAACGGGUCGCAAUCCAUUCGAAGAGACGAGACGAGUCGAGAAGAAGAAGGUCAAAGGAAGUCAGGACGAGGCAGAUGGAAUGGCUACGAAGUUGGAGCUGGCCAAGAUCGACUCCGACAUGGUCAGAACGCGCUCCGCCAUGAGAGAGACGAAAUCUGACAUGGCCCGCAUGCAAGCCAACAUCGCACUCCUGGAAACCAUCUCGGAGACGCGGAAUGCCGAAAAUCGUCGCCUGAAGCAGGAAAACGACCAGCAGAUGGCGGGGACUAAUAUUUCGACUAUCGACUUUUAUGCUAAUCCGUACUUUAAUAUUUUGACGAUAUACAAAAUUAUUGGCCCAAUCGUUAUGAUAACGAAUAUUUUUGGAAUCUACGUCGUGCACACGCAGACACCGCCCCGAAUGCGCGACUAUUCGUUUUGUCUGCAAUGCCAUUUGGUGCUUGGAAUGGUGCACGAGACCGUAUGGACAAUUCUGGUGUGUCCUCGCUUGUAUCUUCCGCAAUUUAUGGGCUCUACACAUGGAUUAUUAACUGUAUACCUUCAGGUCGACGUAUUUUAUCAGCAAACCUUCGGCAUGAUAAUGAUUUUUGUAAUGACGUGCACGGUGGCUCAUCUGAUUCUAUUUCGUGCGAAUUCCGUCCUACCACCCAGCCAUCCAUUAAAACUCAACAAAGCGAGGGUGAUCGGUCUGAUUCAUGAGACGGCAUGGACAUUGCUUUUCUGCCCUCGUAUGUACACACCGUAUAUCAUGGGAUCAGCCCACGGGCUACUCACAAACCUUUUUCACCUCGAUAUUCAUAUACAGCAAUCUAUCGGGCUGUUUCUCGUCCAAGCUCAUACUUGCACGGUGGCGCAUCUCAUCAUAUUUCGCGCAAACUCUGUUCUACCGUACGAAUCUCCCUGGAAGUUGGAGAAGGUCCAGUUAAAUCGUUUGUUCGUGAUGAUGUACCUCCUCAACGUGAUGCCAAAUUUCAUCAUCCAAUUCUUCAUGGCCUGGGGCAAUGAUGGGAUGGCCGAGGGGCAUGCUUUUGUUCUGGCGCACCCCGAAUACGCGAGUCUCCAGAAAUACGCCGAUCGUAUCUACAUGCAACAAGGGGGCUGGGGAUACCUACAGUACGGCAUCCUGACAAUAAACGGCUGGUGGAUCUCGGUGUGUUCGAUCGCCGGCUUCGGCACCAUGUUUUUCGCUCUUUUUCGCCAUCAGACGUCGACCAUGGCCUCUACCGUAAAUGUAUCUCGCAUUAUGAUAGCGCUAUUUAUUCAGGUGUACCCAACCAUUGCCUGCUACUCGACGUGGGGCUCUGCCGAGUACUGGGGUGCUAAACGACCUGGCGUGCCUCCUCUUCGGCUUUCACAACCCGUUCAGCGUGUUUUUGCCCUGAUCUUGAACAACGUCUAUAGAGAGUCGCUGAUUGGCCCUUUCAGAUUAGGCAUCCCGUUCCUAAAAUCCCGUCUUUUCGGGAUCACCUCCGAUCUGCCGACCCACAUCCCCAUGGCAAUUCUGAACAAUUCGCAAGGAUCCGAUAUUUCUCAAGAUGGAGGGCAGCCUCCAGUGGAGAUUCGACAGCCAAGAAGCCUUCUAGCAAUUUUAUUGAGUUUUAACGUCACUGGCAUGUUCCCUUUACAAACUACACUACGCUCCAAAUUGCUCUGUUUCCAGGCGUUCCACCAGUCGUACAACCUCGCUUUCCACAUGCACACCCACGAGGACCGGAAGCCGUUCGAGUGCCCGGAGUGUGGGAGGGGAUUCUGCCGGAAUUUCGACCUGAAGAAGCAUAUCCGUCGGAUUCAUCCUGGCCGGAAGGUUGCGGGUUCC